AUGAACGCUGGAGCAAACCUUAUGGAGAAGGCCAUUGGCACAAAGCCCGUGGCCACAUCAACAGAAUACAAGCACCGCCCUGAUGGUGCCAAGAUGAAGGCUCUCCGCUGGCACGGAAAAGACAGUGUGGAGGUUGAAGAAGUGCCCGUGCCUGCCGUUACAGACCCCAAGGACGUUGUUAUCAAAGUUACUGGAACAACAAUCUGUGGAAGUGAUCUGCAUCUUUACCACAAAGAGAUCAUUGAAUUGAAGGAUGGUGAUAUCUUGGGCCACGAGUUUAUGGGAAUUGUGGACGAAGUUGGUCCUGAGGUCACAAAGUUGAAGAAGGGAGACCGAGUGGUCGCCAGUUUCCAGAUUGCCUGUGGCGAAUGCAAAAUGUGUAAAGAAGGUCUCUCUUCCAUGUGUGACGUCACCAACAAAUCCUCCGUCCAGGAAACUAUGUACGGCCAGACCUUUGCCGGCGUUUUCGGAUACUCCCAUUUCGCAGGAGGCUUCGCCGGUGGCCAAGCUGAAUACGUCCGCGUUCCCUUCGGUGAUAACAAUCUCCUCAAGAUCCCCGACAGCGUUCCCGAUGAGAAGGCCCUCUACCUCUCCGACAUUGUCCCCACCUCCUAUCACUCCGUCAAGUGCGCCGAUGUCAAGGGUGGCUCCUCCGUUGCCAUUUGGGGUCUUGGCCCUAUUGGGCUCCUCGCCGCCCGCUGGUCGCAGCUUGAGGGCGCCCGCCGCAUUAUUGGUAUCGACAAUGUUCCGGAACGCCUGGAACUCGCUAGGACAAAGUUGGGCAUUGAGACUAUUAACUUUGAUGAGACACCCGAUGUGGUUGGUGAGAUCUUAAAGAGGGAGGUGCACGGUGUCGACUGCAGUAUCGAUGCUGCUGGGUUCAGAUACGCGAAGGGGAUUGUGCACAAGGUACAGCGAGCGGUCGGGAUGGAGACCGACUCGAGCGAGGUACUGAACGAGUGUCUAAAGGCCACGAGGAAGUUUGGAACUAUCUCAUUGAUUGCGGAUUAUGCGGCGUACACGAACGGGUUCAACAUUGGUGCGUUGAUGGAGAAGGGCAUUACAAUGAAGGGUGCUGGACAGUGCCCCGUCCACAUGUACUGGCAUGACCUCUUGAAGAAGAUCGAAGAAGGUGUCUUUGACCCCACGUUCAUCCUCACCCAUCGCUUCAAGAUCGAUGAGUUCAAGGAGUUGUACAACGCUUUUGACAAGAAGGAAUAUGGAAUCAUGAAGACAUUCGUUGAGACCCGGUGGUCCAACCCUCCUACGACGGGAACACCGUCACUUGUUAGCUUGAAGGCUGGUAAUUAUUAG